ACACACACACGAUAAUAAUACAUAUUGUAUACUAUACUACUAUUGUUGUUGUUGUUGUUGUUGUAUGUCCAUAUUGGUUUGAAGUUGGUACGGUAAUUUUUUUAGUUUUUUUAUUUGUACUUUUUAAUAAUAAAAAAAAAAAAUUACAUUUGUCUGAACGAUCGAUACCGAUUUUUUAUUGUUUUUUAAAUUAAAUUACUCCCGUUCGCCGCCGACGAGUAGAACACGCUGUGUAACCGUUAAAUAAUAAUAAUAGUUGUAUACUGUCGUUGUUUUUCGAUAAUAUAUAUUAUUAUGAUCUGACGAUGGCGACGCUGUUGAAGAACGUGACCAAUUGCUUAUGGCAAGCGUUCAACUCGUUGGACACGGACAACACCGGAACCGUUGUCAAGUCGAAACUCAAAGUUUUAACUGCAAACAUUGGAAUCCUCCUCGAUCUGUAUGGCGUAGAAAAAGGUCUUGAACAUUAUAGAAGCACGCCGACGUUGAACUUUCAGCAUUUCAAGUACUAUUUACUGAAAGAGGUUUUCUUACCUCUGCCAAACACGUUGUCGUUGUCCGUACUACAUGAAUUCGAGUCCAAGAUAGACGAGACGUGCUGGUUAAUAUGCAAGAAAGAUUACGUGGAAAAAUGUCAAAUGUUGCCAGAAGACUGCAUGUACAAACUGUUCAGAGUGUUUUGCUUUUUAUCCGAGCUGAUAACCGACCCGGAGAAGCCCAAUCGGUUUCAAGUAAUAAUGGACACGUCCGAGGUGGGUCUAGUGGCGUCGCAAAUCGUUACCUCUCUGGGAACCGACUGGGACCAAUCCGGGUUCGAAGAACUCGUCGGCAACGCCAGCGGAUUUCAGUUCGGCACGUUCCUUACGGUACUGGAGAAACGAUACUUGGCCGACGUCGACAGAGCCGGUUUGGUCGAAGCUUUGAAUGCGGUUACCAACAUGUUCAUCGACGACAUCAUCAAAAAGGGGGUGCUAUUGAAACGGGGAUACUUGUUGCCGACAUUGCGAGAAUACUGGUUCGUGCUGAAGCCUUGCCAAUUGCUCUACUACAAAAACCAAGAAGAAAAAGAACAGUGCGGGUCCAUAAUGUUGGAUCCCAGGUGUUGGGUGGAUUCCAAUCUCCAGCGCAUCAUGUUGCACACGACUGAAAGGACAUUCGAACUGGCCACCAAGGAUCACAGAAGCAGACUGCAAUGGCUGUCCGCGUUCAAGUUGGCUAUUUCUUAUUCGGCCGGCACGGAAGGUUACCAGCGCACGUUGCUGCACAGGAGACAAAAGCAAAGAAAAGCAGAACUGCAAGAGAAACACAGAAGAAGUAGUAUUAUUCACGAUAUGGAUGCUCAGCUGCAAGCAGAGAAACUAGCUAGAGCAGCGGUGGAAAUCCAAGCCAAAGAGUUGAAAGUGGCCAGUGAAAAACACGUGGAAGAAUUAGAAUGUCUACUGGAAGAAGAAACAAAAGCAAAGCGCGAUGAAGAAAUCGUUCGAAAUUUGCAAGCCAGAGUUUUAAGAGAAGAAUGGGAAAAAAGAGAAGAACUAGAGAGACUACAGGAAGAACAGAAAUUAUUGUUAGAACAAGAACGGGAAAAAAGAAAAGAAUUCGAAAUGAAACAAAAAGAAAAAGAAAACCAAUUGCUCGAAGCGCAACAGAGACUGAUCGAGUUAGAAGCGGAAAAACAACGACUCGAUGACGAGUUGAGUAGAGCUCAAAAGAAGAUCAGCGUUUCUGAAAAAGCCGUAGCGUCGUUAACCGAUGUACAAUCGGCCGAUGGAUUAAACGUAAAACCACAAGUAAAAGUGAGGAGGACUAUGUCUUUUAUACCAUCAACUAAAGAACGACCAUACUAUUACUAAAAUAAAGACAUAAAAAAUUAUUGUUAUUACUAAUGUUCUUUGUAGAUUUAUUUAUACAUUAUUAAGUUAUAUUAUUAAUACACUCGUGUAAAUUACAAUACAAAAAAAAAGGGGAAAAAAUGUAUCAUAUUAUUAUCAUAAAAAUAGUCAUCGAAAUGUACAAAAUUGUCUUGCUCAAGUGUGAUGAAAAAAAAACCAUGAGAAUUUUUUU